GUAAAUAGGCGCACUUUCUGGUAUUCCCUCUUUCAUUCCCAGUAAAACCCUGAACCCUACUCCUCCGAUAGCAUUGGAAAAUGUUCUCUCCGGGAACGAGGAAAACUAACUUCACGGCAAGGAAGAGCGGCCGCGAAAGGUCAGCUGCCGAUUCGCCGGUGACGCCUCUGGUCGAGAGCCGGAGGUCUCACCUUGGUAACGAUGUUCUUAAUCGCCCUAGCACCGGCACUCCUGCUCCAUGGGCUUCUCGUCUUUCUGUUCUCGCCAGAAUUCCUCCUACAAAGAAAAGUGAUAAGGAGAAUGAGGCCGAUCAAGUGAAGCCUGUAUUUGUUGGAGAAUUUCCCCAACUCUUACGUGAUGAACAAGCUGCUGUGCUUCAAAGCCGUGCUUCUGGCAAAGCAGCACACUCUGGUGGAAUGGAUAAGGAAACUCAGCUGGCUUGGAUUAUCUGUGGAAGCAAACUCUUUAUUUGGGGUUACUUAGCUUCAGCUGCUUCUAAGAACUGUGUUGUCCUCAAACUCCCUUCUACCGGAAAUGAUGAUAAAGGGCAUUCUCACAGUUCUGAUAAAUGGUUAGUCAGUGUUGUCAAUUGGAAUAGAAAGCAAGAUACAAAUGAAGUUGUUCCACAUUGCUGUUCAGUUGGUGUUAUUGCAUGUGAUCAAAAAAGUCGAACUCUUUUAUACUGGUCAGACAUAUUCUCUGAUGCUGUGACUCAGCCAAUUGUUAGUUAUGAUGAUCAUGAGGAUGUGGGAGUGACUCUCUCUCCUGUAUAUACUAAUGCCACGUCAUAUAACCUGAAGAAGACAAAUAAGCAUAGCGGCAGUUCAACAUUAAGCACCAUAAAUUCUUUGAUUUCUUCUGCUAUACCAGAGGGCCGUCAAAAUCGUGCAUGUGUUGCCCUUGCUUGCAGCUCUAGUGACAUAUUCUCUGAUGCUGUGACUCAGCCAAUUGUUAGUUAUGAUGAUCAUGAGGAUGUGGGAGUGACUCUCUCUCCUGUAUAUACUAAUGCCACGUCAUAUAACCUGAAGAAGACAAAUAAGCAUAGCGGCAGUUCAACAUUAAGCACCAUAAAUUCUUUGAUUUCUUCUGCUAUACCAGAGGGCCGUCAAAAUCGUGCAUGUGUUGCCCUUGCUUGCAGCUCUAGUGGUGAGCUUUGGCAAUAUCUAUGCAGCUCUACUGGUGUCCAACGCAAAAGGAUUUAUCAGAAUAUAUCUCAAGAAGAAGAUGGUGGCUACUUUGUUGGAGGCCAGGGGUAUCCAAGGUCAUUGGUCUGGCAUUUUCUGCCGCGUUCUGAUAAACCUAACAAACAAUUUCUUUUGUUAACAGACCGUGAAAUUCAGUGCUUUUCAAUUGAACCUUCUCCCAAUCAUAUGGUCUCAAAGAUCUGGUCUCAUGAAAUAAUUGGUACUGACAGUGAUCUGGGAAUCCAGAAGGAUUUGGCUGGCCAGAAGCGUAUAUGGCCUCUUGAUUUGCAAGUUGAUAAUGAGGGAAAGGUUAUUACCAUUCUUAUCGCAAUCUUUUGCAAGGACCGGGUUAACAGUUCAAGUUACACUGAAUAUUCGCUACUAACAAUGCAAUUUAAAUCUGGAGUUGAUGUCUACUCAGAAUGUGUUCAGCCAACACAUAAAAGGGUUUUGGAGAAGCAAGCUCCCCCACAAGUGAUAAUACCUAAAGCGAGAGUAGAGGAUGAAGAUUUUUUGUUCUCUAUGAGAUUGAAAAUUGGGGGCAAACCAGCUGGUUCAGUGAUUAUACUUUCCGGUGAUGGUACUGCAACAGUCUCACAUAAUCAGGGAAAUUCCACCAGGCUUUACCAAUUUGAUCUUCCAUAUGAUGCCGGAAAAGUUAUUGAUGCUUCAGUUUUCCCUUCUGAUGAUGAUGGAGAAGGGGCAUGGGCUGUUCUCACUGAGAAGGUUGGAGUUUGGGCCAUUCCUGAGAAAGCUGUUAAACUUGGUGGAGUUGAGCCACCUGAGAGAAGUUUGUCACGCAAAGGUAGCUCUAGUGAAAGGUCGUUUCAGGAAGAGAAAAAAAGCUUAUGGUUUGCGGGUAAUAUUGCUAAAAGGGACAGCUCUGAAUUAUUGGAUGAUGGAGAUAGAAAAAGGUCUAGUUUAAAUGCAAUUGCACGGCGAACUGCUCAAGAUGAAGAGUCAGAAGCUUUGCUGAAUCAGCUUUUUCAUGAUUUUCUCUUAUCUGGGCAGGUUGAUGGAGUAUUUGAUAAGCUGAAACAUUCAGGUGCAUUUGAAAGAGAUGGGGAGACAAAUGUAUUUGCAAGGACGAGUAAAUCAAUUGUAGAUACUCUUGCCAAACAUUGGACAACAACACGGGGUGCUGAAAUUGUAUCUGUAUCUGUCGUGUCUACCCAGUUAAUUGAGAAGAACCAGAAACAUCAGGAGUUUCUUCAGUUCCUUGCUCUAUCUAAGUGUCACGAGGAAUUAUGUUAUGUACAGAGACACUCGUUGCAAAUUAUCAUGGAACAUGGGGAAAAGCUUGCUGCCAUGAUCCAACUGAGGGAGCUCCAAAGUAAAGUUAGUCAGAACCAUGGAACUGGGUCCGGCUCUCAUUUGCAUUCGGAAAUGCAAUUCUCUAGUGCUCUUUGGGAUCUUAUUCAGUUAGUUGGUGAAAGAGCUCGCAGAAGAACUGUUCUUUUGAUGGACAGAGACAAUGCUGAAGUAUUUUACAGUAAAGUAUCAGAUCUUGAAGAACUAUUCCAUUGCCUUGAGAGACAGUUUGAUUAUGUUGUUCACGAGGACAUGCCAGUUUCUGUUCAGAUCCAAAGAGCUUGUGAACUUUCUAAUGCAUGUGUGAUACUAUUUCGCACUGCCAUGAAUUACCGAAAUGAGCAGCACAUAUGGUAUCCUUCACCUGAGGGCUUGAUGCCAUGGACUUCUCAAGAAAAAGUACGUAACGGGCUUUGGAAGAUUGCAUCUUUCAUGCUUCAAUUGUCUAAGCAAAAAUAUCCAGUUGAUGAUGCUAUAAAAUGGAACUAUUAUUCAUACCUCGAAGGACUCUCCGAUGUUUUAUUAGAGUCAUAUUCUGGUGCAAUCACAGCAAGGAAUGGAUAUGGAGGACAUAAAGGUUUAUUGGAUGAGUUUUCAGGCAGGAAAGAUGCACUCCUGGAUAGCCUUUAUCAGCAAGUGAAAGACUUCGUUGAAGUGAACACCCAGGAUUCAGAACAGGACUUUACGCACGAACACGAGGAACUGUUUAGAAAGCUUUCGUCAGGCUUAUUUUCUAUUGCUAAAAGACACGAAGGCUAUCAAACUCUAUGGAAUAUUUGCACAGAUCUCAAUGAUUUAAACCUUCUUGGGACUCUUAUGCACGAGAGUAUGGGACGUACAGGGGGGUUUUGUUACUUUGUCUUCCAACGGAUGUAUGAAAACAAACAGUUUUCUAAGCUUAUGAGAUUUGGGGAGGAGUUUCAGGAAGAGCUAACAAUUUUUCUUAAGCGACACCAAGAUCUCCUUUGGCUUCAUGAAGUGUUUCUCUAUGAGUUUUCUUCUGCUACAGAAACCCUACAUGUCUUGGCACUUUCCCAAGAUGAUGAUCGAAUUUCAGAUAUGGAGGCCUCUUACGCCUCAGACAAGAGAACCUCAUUGUCAGAUAGAAAGCGUUUUUUAAAUCUCUCAAAGAUAGCAGCUAUGGCAGGAAGGGAUGCAAAUUUUGAAACAAAGGUAAAGAGAAUUGACGCUGACCUGAAAAUUCUAAACUCACAGGAAGAAAUACUUAGAGUGCUUCCCGAAAACGAAAUGCAAAACAUAGGGCCAAACCAGCAGCUUCUUUCGCCAAGACAUCUAAUAGAACUGUGCCUCAAGAGUCAAACAAGGGAGCUUUCAUUGAUAGCUUUUGAUGUGUUUGCAUGGACAAGCCUCUCCUUUCUCAAAUCCAACACAAGCCUGUUGGAAGAGUGCUGGAGAAAUGCUUUGACUCAGGAUGACUGGGAGAAGCUACACCAAGCUUCCAUAGCCGAGGGUUGGGGCGACGAGGAGAGCCUAUCCAUCCUGCAAGACACAGUUCUCUUCCAGGCUUCAGCUAGGUGUUACGGGCCCCACGCGGAGACAUUUGAGGGCAGUUUCAGUCAAGUGCUUCCACUCAGGCAAGAAGAAAGCUCCGAGCUCCAAAACCCCAACGGAGUGGCUCCUUCAUCCUCUGUAGAAUCGAUACUGAUGCAGCACCACGAUUUCCCCGAUGCGGGCAGGUUAAUGCUGACCGCUGUCAUGCUGGGCAGAGUCGUGGGCGAUGAUGAACCGACACGGGACCCUUCUUCUCAGGUGGAGUGAUGAUUGAUGAGCACACGACUUUUAUUUGUAUUGUUUUUUUCCCUCAUAGUUGGUUUUGUAGAACUUAUUUGUGUUGAUGAUUAUAUUUUGGGGAGAGUUUGAAUUGAUCUUGUAUGGGACAACCUGAAAAUAGAGAAUUAGAGCAAAAUUUUCUUGACCUCUAGCCACCACAAUCAAACUGCCCAGUUCCACAGGCUGUUUCUCUCCAUUUCU